GCACGCAGCAGCAAGCGCAGCAGCUCUGUGACCGCCACCCAGCGGCCAGCCAAAAGAAACCGCGCAAAGUGCAGCACUAGCGGAGUACAGCAGCCCUCGCCGCGCUACAUGUCCACAGCGGCACCGCAACCCUCUCCGCGCGUCACGCCGGACAAGGAGCCCAUGGCUCAAAACAAGAAGAUUUACGUCUUGGACUGCGGCGGCCAGUACUGCCACCUCAUCGCGUCUAGGCUGAGGCGCCACGAGGCGCUCUCGGUGAUCGUGCCGCGCGCCGCCGCGUCCCGAAGCAAGCGCCGCGUCUGCGCGAUGGCGCGGAGGAGACACCACUUCUACGCCAUCGACGACCGCGCCGCCGCGCCUCGACUCACCGGUCGCGCACACGCAGGUGCGACGUGCCCGUCGCCGAACUGAACGAUGCGGCGGCCAUCGUCGUGAGUGGAGGGCCCCAGUCGUGCUUUGAUCCGGACAGCAUGAAGGUCGACCCCGCGCUGUGGCAGCUCCCCGUGCCCAUCCUAGGGAUUUGCUACGGGUGCCAGAUGAUGUGUAGAGAUCUCGGUGGUAAAGUAGAAGAAGCCCAAGUGGGCGAGUACGGCGCUGCGACGUUAACGGUCACCGAUUCAUCCGGUUUACUGAAGACAGCGCAAAACUCGACGGUCUGGAUGAGUCAUAGAGAUAAGGUCACGCAGCUCCCGCCGGACUUCACGACCACGGCCACAACAUCCCACUGCCCCCACGCCGCCGUGGCCUGCGAGGUCGGUGGGAAGCGAUUGUACGGGUUUCAAUUCCAUCCUGAAGUGACGCAUUCCCAAGAGGGCGAGAACAUGCUCGGGGCCUUCGUCGACCUCUGUGGAUUGAGGGGGUCGUGGCGCAUGGACGACUUCGUGGACGAGCAGCUCGCGAAGAUCCGGAAUAAGUGCGAAGAUGGUAGAUCGGUGUUUGUUCUGGUGAGCGGUGGUGUUGAUUCUACCGUAACUUAUGCACUACUCGCAAAAGCACUACCCCCGGAUCGUAUUCUAGGGUUGUACGUGGACACGGGCAUGAUGCGCAAGGGCGAGAGUGCAUUGGUGGAAGAAUCAUUACAGAAGGCGGGCCUGCCGAACUUGCGAUGCGUCGACGCGUCGGCCCAGUUCCUAGGCGCGCUCGAGGGCUUGACGGCCCCGGAAGCGAAGCGAAGGGCCAUCGGCCAGCAGUUCCUGGCCGUCCAGCGCGACAAGUGCAAGGAAUUAGGACUGGAUCCCGAGAAGUGGUUAUUAGGCCAAGGCACGAUCUACCCCGACACGAUCGAGUCGGGAGGGGCCGCGAAGAAGGCCGACGUCAUCAAGACGCACCACAACCGCGUGCCGGAGAUCGACGCGCUGAUCGAGCGCGGUUUAGUGGUAGAACCUCUAGCUGAUUUAUAUAAAGAUGAGGUGCGCGCCGUCGGCGAGCGGCUGGGCCUCGCGCCGCACUUAGUGUGGCGCCAGCCCUUCCCGGGGCCCGGCUUAGGCGUUCGAUUAUUAUGCCACGAUGGCGAGGACGACGACGCCGACAUGAGGGCCAAGGCCGCUCAACAAGCCACGGCGCUCGUCGGCGCCACGGUGUCCGUGCCCCCCUUGAAGAGCGUGGGCUGCCAGGGCGACGCGCGCACUUAUAGAAACUUCGGCGUCAUUUGCGGCGAUUACGGACGGGACUGGGAUGUGCUCGGCGACGCGGCCACAAAAAUAGUGAACGAGAGCGGGAGUUUGAAUCGCGUUUGUGUUUCGUUAUUACACAACAAGGCCGGAGACGCGCCGUCGUUCUCCGUGAGCCCGGGCGGGCCGCACACGUGCACCUCGGACCGAUUCGACGUAUUAAGGGAGGCCGACGCCAUCGCGACCCAAAAACUCACGGACGCGGGCCUGAUGCGCAAGAUCUGGCAGUGCCCCGUGGCCAUGGCGCCUCUGACGCUUAACGGCGAGAAGGGCGAGGUCAUCAUCCUGCGGCCGGUCGACUCGACGGAGGCGAUGACGGCGUCCUUCUACCGCGUGCCCUUUGAGAUCUGCGACGACAUCGCCUCCGCUAUUAAGGAGGCGCUGCCGCAGAUUUCGGACGUCCUCUUCGACGUGACCAACAAGCCGCCGGGCACGAUCGAGUGGGAGUAGAUGUAUAGCCGCGACCGUAUCUAACAACAUACAACUUA